ACGCCGGAGAAGUUUUCAGCUCAGUGAAAUGUCGAAAUUAUAAGUAGUUUUUAUCAAAAUAUUGUAAAAUGGAUAGUGAACCUAAACAAGACACUAAAGAUGUACCCGCGCGCCCAUUUAAAUUGGCGCAUCAAAUUGUGAGCUUGACGGGUAUCAGUUUCGAGCGGAAGAGUCUAAUUGGUGCUGUAGAGCUGACAAUAGUGCCCACCAAAGAAAAUUUACGUCUCAUAAGGCUGAAUGCAAAACAAUGCCGGAUUUAUCGAAUACUAUUAAAUGAUGUGUGUGAAGCGGAGUUCUACUACUUUGAUCCAUUCAUGGAUAUCUGUCAGGGAGAUGUGAAAGUGCGCUCUCUGGAUGUAUAUUCCAAAAAUCACUUAUCUGCCGCCCAGAAAACGGAUCCUGAUGUCAACUCCGGCGAACUAUUAAUACAAAUACCACCGGAAGGUUAUCAUAUGAUCCAAGAAGGACGCGGUUUGCGUAUAGGCAUAGAAUUCUCCAUGGAAGACCCACAGGGAGGUAUACAUUUCGUCAUACCACCAACUAGCGAGGACGAAACGCAGCCCAACAGUGCACAUAUGUUCACCUAUGCAUACGAAAAUUCAACUCGUCUGUGGUUUCCCUGCGUUGAUAGUUUUGCAGAUCCUUGCACCUGGAAGCUCGAAUUCACCGUGGACAAACACUUAACCGCCGUAUCUUGUGGUGAACUUGUUGAAGUUGUUAUGACUCCAGAUUUGAGGCGUAAAACAUUUCAUUAUUCGCUCACAACACCUGUAUGUGCACCAAAUAUCGCACUUGCUGUUGGGCCCUUCGAGAUCUACGUGGAUCCUCAUAUGCAUGAGGUCACACAUUUUUGCCUACCACAGCUUUUGCCACUUUUAAAGAACACGGUGCGCUACUUACACGAAGCUUUUGAGUUUUUUGAAGAAACUCUUUCCACGCGUUAUCCAUUCUCUUGCUACAAACAGGUCUUUGUAGAUGAACUUGAUACAGACAUCAGUGCCUAUGCGACAUUAAGCAUAGCUUCUGUCCAUCUAAUGCACUCCAUUGCUAUCAUUGAUCAAACAUAUGUAACGCGUACCUUAAUGUCGCGUGCCAUUGCGGAACAGUUCUUUGGCUGUUUCAUUACAUCUCAUCACUGGUCUGAUACUUGGUUAGCCAAAGGCAUUGCUGAGUACUUGUGUGGUUUAUAUUCAAGAAAAUGUUUUGGUAACAAUGAGUAUCGGGAGUGGGUUCAGUCGGAAUUGGCGCGUGUAGUACGAUACGAGGAGCAGUAUGGUGGAAUUAUACUUGACUGCAGUCAGCCACCGGCACCUUUACCAGUCUCUAGUACAAAUCCCGCAAGCUCGACCAGUAAGCAAACGGAAAUUGUGCAUUAUUUUCCAAUAAAAAGUUUGCAUACUGUUUCACCAAAAUAUGUUGAGGCUAUGCGGCGUAAGGCUCAUUUGGUAAUACGUAUGCUGGAACACCGCAUCGGACAAGAGUUGCUUAUACAAGUUUUCAAUAAACAAUUGGUGUUGGCUACAAAUGCGGCAGUGACAAAGAUUGGCUCUGGCUUAUGGCAUCAUUUGCUCAUAUCCACUAAUAUAUUUAUUAAAGCAAUUUUCACAGUAACUGGCAAGGAUAUGUCAGUAUUCAUGGAUCAAUGGGUGCGCACUGGCGGGCAUGCGAAAUUCUCCUUUACGUCGGUGUUCAAUCGCAAACGUAACACUAUUGAGUUGGAAAUACGACAAGAUUUCGUAAACCAACGUGGCGUGCGAAAAUAUAAUGGCCCAUUGCUAGUGCAGUUACAGGAAUUGGAUGGCACUUUCAAGCAUAUGCUUCAGAUUGAGAAUACCGUAGUAAAGGCAGAUAUUACUUGCCAUUCGAAGAGUCGACGUAAUAAAAAGAAAAAAAUUCCACUAUGUACGGGCGAAGAAGUCGAUAUGGAUUUGUCCGCAAUGGAUGAUUCGCCGGUACUUUGGAUUCGUCUAGACCCGGAAAUGAUUUUAAUACGUGAUUUGAAUAUAGAACAACCCGAUUUUCAGUGGCAAUAUCAGUUGCGUCAUGAGCGUGAUGUGACUGCGCAAUUCGAGGCUAUAAAAUCCUUGGAGAAAUAUCCAACAAAUGCAACGCGUUCUGCGCUAACGGAUACAAUUGAGAAUGAACGCUGUUUUUAUAAAGUGCGUUGUGAGGCAGCGCAUUGCCUUACCAAAGUGGCCAACCAAAUGGUUACUCAAUGGAGCGGUCCCCCAGCCAUGUUGAAUAUUUUCCGAAAAUUCUUUGGCUCAUUCAGUGCGCCUCAUAUAAUUAAACAAAAUAAUUUUGCCAAUUUCCAGUUAUACUUUUUGCAAAAAGUUAUACCUGUCGCAAUGGCCGGUUUACGCACAUCCCAUGGCAUUUGCCCACCGGAAGUCAUACGCUUUCUAUUGGAUCUUUUUAAAUACAACGAUAAUACUCGUAAUCAUUACUCAGAUGUUUAUUAUCGUGCCGCUUUAGUUCAUGCUUUGGGCAAUUCUAUUACACCAGUGGUUUCAGUCGCACUACGUGGCACACCCAUCACUUCUGACAGCCUCUCAGCUGAUGCUAAGCUCGUACUGGAAGAAGUCACACGUCUACUUAAUAUGGAGAAGAAUCUGCCGUCAUACAAAUAUAUGGUCUCAGUUUCAUGUCUGAAAGUGAUACGCAAAUUACAAAAAUGUGGUCACUUACCUUCGCUGCCGAAAAUCUAUCGUUGUUAUGCUGCAUAUGGCCAAUAUUUAGACUUACGUGUAGCAGCUAUGGAGUGUUUGGUCGAUUUCGUUAAGGUGGAUGGUCGGUGGGAAGACUUGGACCAUUUGAUUACAUUACUCGAAACAGAUCCUGAUCCGGCGGCACGGCAUGCGCUCGCUCAAUUACUAAUCGAUAAUCCACCAUUUACGCGUGAACUACGAAGUAGCCGUUUGGAUCGUCCAGAGUUAGUGGAACGAUUGUGGGCGAAUAUGAAUAAUAAACUGGCAUUCGAUACCAAACUGCGUUGUGAUAUGGUGGAUUUAUAUCACGCUUUGUAUGGCACCAAACGGCCGUUAUGCUUGCAGUCGGCAGAUGUCAACAACAUGUACAAAGAAAUUAUCAAAGAAGGCACCAAAAAAGCCUCCGCUGCAGUUAAUCCCAUUUCAAAUAAUGAUACAAAUUCAGCGCAGCCAAUUAAAGAGGAGAAAGAUAAAGUGGUAGAUGUUGUGGAGGAGCAGCGCACGGCGUCAAUAAAACGCACAGCCACCGAGGCAUUCGAAGUAGGCAAUGAGGUUAUCAAACUUGAAGCAAGCGAGGAGGUGGAGUUUAUUGCAAUGAAGGCGGAGUCAGGCGAAAAUCAAAUAAAGGCUAAUGCUGAGCAAGAGCCUGACACAGCAGCAGUACAUUCACCUGACGCGAAACGUUUGAAGAGUGAAAUUUUCGAAGAUGAUGAUAAUUCUGUAACAAUUAUCGAUAUUGGCGAGACUACUAUAUUGAAAGCAGAUAGCAGCCUUGAGACCAACAAAACAGAUGCCGAGAGUAGACUUAAGGCGGAGAGUGCUUCGAAGCAGAAAAAGAAGAAGAAGGACAAAAAGAAACACAAGCACAAACAUAAACACAAGCACAACAAAGAGAAGGAACGUGAUAAGGAACGCGAGCGUAAAGAUAAAAAAGAUCCGAACAUUUCACGCAUUCAGGCAAAGGAAGCCACGCCUGAAACUCUCAGUUCAGCAGAUAGUAGCAAUUCAAAUAGUAAUCCGCCAAUGCUGAAUUUUAUGUAAAUAAGAUAUAAAAUAUAUGUUUUUUUACAAUUUUCUUUUAUAUAUAGUAAUUUGCUAAAAUUACAAACAAAACGUAUAGUUUACAGUUUUCUAGUGGCAGUUUUUUACAAUAUACAAAUAGUACAUAUAAUAAUUAUUUAAUUGAAAUUUGAACUAAGAUUUUGUAAAAUUCAUUGCAAAAUAUAUGUCUAUAAAUUCACUACUGUUAAUUUUCAAGUUUCUGCAUAUGUAGUUAUUACUUGAACGUCGUGUUUCGUUUUACUCGAAAUAUAUGCGUACUAAUAUAUUUAAUAUAAUAUUAUAUUAAAAAUUACAUACAAAUAAAAUUAAUCAUAAAUAAAUGUGCAGUAUAGAGCCAACUGAAACUGAAAAAAUAAGUGGGCUUUUACGAAAUACUUCGUACUUUUAACUAUUUUUUCGAUAAAUGUAUGCAUAUUAAAUAAGAAUGGUUUUUUAUGACGAAUGGGGUGACCUGUUCCAAUAAAAAUGUUUUCGUGAAAGAAUUAA